AUGUUUUUCUGGAUUUCGCGCGAGAUCAGUAAAGUGGUAAAUUCUGGGUCCAACCGGCACAGGUGGGUUUUCGAGAUGCAAACUGCUGAGGCCGUGGAGGAGAAAUUCAGCAAAAUCUUGGUCCCGGCGUCCCAGGUGGUCUUCGUUGUCGCUGAGGACAAGACUUUUCUUGGAAAAGGUCGGGAGGUUCCCGAGGCCUGCAUCGCUCACGUUCUCCCGUCGGCUUUUCUGUUAGAGGGGACGAUCAGUGCUCUCAGCACGUUAUCGCGUUCCUUCUCAAACGCGUGGGAAGUAGGGCGAGUUCUUGUUUGGGAGCUUCGCAGCUUGAACUUAGCCAAGAGGGAUGAGGAGGCCAAGCCAGAGCAGCGAGGAGUCCAUUCGGAGCUGGACGGAUCCGACCGCGACGUCAUGCUCGACGUGGAUGACAUGAUGCCAAGUCUGAUAGAACUCGUUACCCGGAUGGCGGUGGUAAACCCGGAGGUCAUGAGGGUGACGCCGGUGUUUCGAGCUUUGGAGCAGUUUGCUGCAGCAUUGCGUGGUGGAUCUGACAAACACUUCUACCACAAGAGCCGCGCAAGUACGAAGAUAACUACAUUUUGGAGUCACUCUUGGCACGGAGGGCGGUGGAAGAAAAUCCUCACAGUUGUCGCCCUCUACAAUGGCACCGCGGCAGUCUCCUUGGCUUUUCUCACCGGCAUGCUGAUGAUGGUGCUGUUCAGCUUUGGAACUCUACCUGGGAUUGACCGUGGAUGGUGGAUUGAGAAUUGGGUGUGGUCUUGUUGGUCAACUUCUUCAGGGCUCGUCGUUGCAAGUUUGGUCCUGCCUUUUUGGCGAUCACAAACGAGAGUCUUCCUUGACCGCAUUUGUAUCAGCCAAAACGACGAUCGCCUGAAGUCGGAGGCCAUCCUAAGCUUGGCGGGGCUCUUGAAGAACUCCGACAGCAUGCUCGUUCUCUGGGACCCGACAUGGACUGAGAGGUUGUGGUGCUUGUUUGAGCUUGCUGCCUUCCUGAAGAGCAAGACGACGCAACAGCAGCACCUUAUGGUCAGGCCCAUCUUCUUGGGGCCUCUUUCCAUCGCUAUUUUCCUUGUGUUUUUUGCCCUGGCAUUGCCGCUCGCAACAGCGCCUAUCCACAGCAAUUCAGCGAUCGUCGGGCUACUGGGGACCAUAGCGUUGUCGUCUUUGGCGGUUGCCUUCCCGACUGUCAGCACUGUCCGAAGCUACUUCAGAGACUUGGACACCAUGAAACUGCAGUUGUUGUCGAUCUCUGUUGACUCUACAAGGAGUGCUUGCUGCGAUCAGAACCACGUGACCCCUUCAGGCGGACGUAUGCUCUGUGACCGUAAGAUCGUUAAAGAGUGCGUGAAGAUAUGGUUUGGCAGCGAGCUGUCUUUUGAGAACGCGGUGCGCACCGAGGUUCUGGACCUUCUGAACCGUGACCUCACCGAGAAGGUGUUCAGUACUCCAUGGGUUUUGGGAGUGACUUCUCCGCUAUUUCUGGCUUUCAUGGACGUCUGUGCUAGCAUCGCUGCAUCUCCAGAAGCUCCGCAGACCGCUCUUGCCCUUCUGGUCGAAGGUCUGGUGCUUUGGUUGUGUUACGUCCCAGCGUCCAAGGAUCUCAUGAUCCUCCUGGUCAGGGUUGGUCGGAAGAGACCGAGCAACACCUGUCUUGAGAUUCUCAAGAACGCACUGGUGUUGGGAGCUGUGGCUGCCCCCGUCUUUGUACUGCUCGUAGCUUAUGUCCUCACUCGGUUUGUCGACUCUAACAAUGCAUUGAAGCGCGCAGGAAGUUUUGCAGGCUGCACGCUGGUUCUAGUAGUGUGCAACUUCCUCCUGGGCCUCGGUUUGAAGGCUUUAUUACGGCGGCCUGGGUGGUAA